AUGCCUCCCACGAAGGCCAAAAAGUCCCUCCCUAGACACCAAGGCAACGAUCCAUAUGCCAGUUCAACAUCUCCUGCACGUCGCCAUAGUGCCACCAGGAACCACAAGAGUGCUUCCGUUCACCGGCCACACACAAAAGUCAGAACCAAGCUAUUGCGGUGCCGAUGCUGCCCGGGCAAACGCAAUGUGUUCAUGACAUUUCAAGAGCUAGCCGCUCAUGAAAGGAAAUGUAAAAACUGUUCUUCCUCGACUGAAGGCAUAGAUAAGACUGAAAGUACCCCGGCCAAGCCUAUUGACAGCAAAGCGGCGAGGACAGACGGCGAGGAUUAUGUUAACCUUGCCCGUUCGGAAACAUCAGCAACUCGGCCACUUAGCUUUAGUAAGAAUUGCGACAUCAAACCUGCAAUUUCCACCAAUAUUUGGGUUCACUCUACCAUCUCAAAAGACUAUACAGGCGGCGAAAAGUCUCGCCGGGCCGACUUGCUUGCCCACUUGGCCAAGCGGUUGCAGAGCGAUCUUAACAUAAAUCUGGGCGGCGAGGGUAGAAACAUCAGUACUAUCGACGAUAAGCGCAAGCGAGCAUCGGCCUCGGACGACCUAGUUGAAGACAAGGUGGAAAAUAUUCCCGUCUCGGACAAGGAAGAAACGCCUCGUGUAGAUACAGAGCUCCCUAAGCGUUUACGAGGAGGUAUUGGAGGUAUUGAGUGUGUGUUUCUGGGUUACUGGCGAGAUUCUCCCGUCCCCAAUCUAAGGAACAAGCAUGCUGUUAUUGGUUUUAUUGACGUCCGUGGUCGUCUUCGCACUCGUAUCCAGCAAUCCACUCGACUUGGUAAGCCUAUAUCAAAUGUCGAAUACCCUCUCCCUCCUGGACCCGGCGGAAGCUGGGUAACCUUUGAGCAUGUUAUUUUCGCCGAACACCUCGUUGGUAUGGAUCAUCACCAAGUUAAGGAGUAUGUAAAGCUUCGAGCCGACGCUACUGAAGAAACUGAAAAGGGAAGAGAGAAUGCUGAGAAGAAGGCUGCGAAAGAGGCUAUUCGACUCAUUGAGAAAACACCCCCCUCUAAGGACUUUCUACCUCCAGCUAUCGCCUACGGUAUCGAGAUUUCUACCAGCUCUAAUAUGACAUCUCAACCAGACACUAAACGUCGCCGCAUCAGCAGCAGUAUCGGCACUAUCAGCGAAGGACCUGUCCAGGAUUCAAUAGGCUCUAACGGGCAAACCCUCCUUAUGAAUGUCUGA